GGAUGCCAGUCCGUUUACGGACUUUAUCAAACCACCCCCGAGAAGCCUUGAAGUCUGGGGUUGCUGUCGAUGUCCCUUCUCCUCUGUCGUCUUCAGCCUGGGCAAUCAGUUCACCGAAAAUAGCGCUGGCCUUCUGUCAGAUUGCCGUCUCGGUUAUCGUAUCGCUAGCAAUUUCUUUGUCCUCAAUCCAUACAAGAAGCAGCCUCUCCAUUUCAUCAUGCAUGUGGCUCCUCUUGUUGGACAAAAUAGUCACGCCCUUGGAAGGUGUAACUGCUUUGAUGGCUUCCUUCUGCUUAAGGAUGGUGCCUAUCGUCAACAGAUUUCGGCCAUAUUCUUUAGCGAUCACACUCAACCGCAUGCCAGCCUCAUACUUCUUGAUUAUCUCCAUCUUUGUCUCCUUAGAAAACAUCCUCUUCUUUCCGUGAACUUCAGCAACUUUCUAGGGACCCAUGGCUAAUACGUACAUAAUUAAGUAACUAAUUAAGUUCUCACACAACACGAUAAAGUACAAAGCAAAAUCGCUAAUACAAAUUUAAGUUAACAAACGAAAUCGUAUAUGUGAACGAACGAAUUCCGUGUGCGUACGAUAACACUUGUGCUACGGAGUGGCCGAACAACGCCUUUACGUAGAGCAUGAUGGAGUAGAUGCUGAUCAAUGGGAGACCAGGAUCUUACGGCGGUGACUAGCAUCAGGAACCAAUGGGAGAACGGGAGGAUGGUGGCGAGUCUACUCAGUUGGCGGCGCGUGAGUUUUAAAAUUGUUCUCGGUGGUCUGGGCGAAUCUCGGGACCUUAGAGUAACACCCUUUCGUAACCUGAAUUAUUUUCGUAUGCAGAGGCAAAAAAAUCUUCGUGUUUGCUUUCGUAACUUGAAUUUUUCAUAAGUUGGGACUUUCGUAUGUUGAGGUUCCACUGUUCGUACUACUAUAAUAUUACUAAUGGCACUUUUAUCAUUCUCUUUCACUUUUUUAACUUUCUUAACUAGAAGAUUGGAUAGAUAAAGAAUUGGAGGAAAAGAGGUUAGUUUGUUAUAAUUUGGUGUCUCAUAAAAGGAACUCACAUGACACACAAGAUACAUGAUAGAAAAAUUUUUUAUGGGUGAAAAUUUGGGGGUUGCACGUUAUACGAGUAGUAUAGAUGUACUAUGGUAAUUCUGUCAACUAAGGCACUUACAAAAGAAGGGACUAAAAUACUAUAUCUCUUUAGCUGAAAUAGUAAUUUUGCAGGCUUAUGAAAAUUUUUCAGAGAAACAAGCAUCUCAGGUGAAGGUGAGGGUUCUUGAAAUAUGAGUUACUAUCAAACUCAUUGUUCAAUAGAUGUUUUAGUAAUGGUUUUAUUUUAAACCUGCAUCCUGAAUAUGUCUGUUGACUUUCACGAAAUUUUAUUUCUGGAAUUUCACUCAGAAAUUUUAAUGUUCUUCAUUGGAUUUGUGGUGGUAGUAUGUCAGAUUCUAUUAACUUCUUAGAGGAGGGAGCAAGUGGGAAAUCCAUUCUUGGUACCAAUCUGUACACCUGAUGGUUUUGUAAUUGUGUUUAUUACUGCUAUCAGAAGCCAUUUUCAUGAGACCCUAGGCCUCAGAGCUUUUGAAUACCAAACAAUCUUUGUCCCAGAAAUUUGUCUGUUAUCCAGCAAGCUCUUGGUUUUACUCAUCAAAGCAGUUGUAGAAUCCUCCAUCUAAGUAGCAUUCUAGCUUUGUAAAAAUAAGGGUAUUUUAUUUAUUCAAUAAAAACCUAUUAUGUUCACAAUUAGUGCCUUCUCCCAACCUCCUCUGGUCCAGAUAGCUGGUUCAGACAUCAAUAAGUGGUUCAGUUUACCUACUGCUGGAAUUAGAGUGUCUGGUAACUUUUCACAGAUGCAUGAAAGGCUUUAAGCAUUCUUUUCUUGAAAAAAUUGGUUUCCAAAAAAUUAACUUCCUCAAUCCUAUUGGUUAUGUUGUCUGGGAAUACACCAUAAAUGAAGCUAUGCUUGUUCGUACUGGUGCAAAUCUUAUUUUGCUUUUUUGUUUUGUUUUGCAGAUUUCUAUCACAGCAGUCACCACUUGAGGCAAUAAGAAUUUUACUUCAUGUUUGCAGAGUUAAUCUAUUACCUGAAAUUCCAACAGUUAAUCCACAUAUAUUGUUAUGUCUAGAUGACGAAGGUGGUGUGAGGCUAGACGUUGCUGAAUCUGUCUGUCAGCAGAAGGUGCUGGAAAAUGAUGAACAUCUGGCAAAAGUAGUGGUAAAAAUUCUAGAAGAGCUGCAGAACCCCGAGAUUGUACGGGCUUUUUAUGAAAGCUUGGUAUCAUACAUAGACUUCAGUGUCCUGAACAGAAAAGAAACUUCCUCAACACUUCUUGUAACUGAUUGUGAUGUCAGGGUAGAACAGUUUGAGGCAGUAAGAAGGAUUUAUAUAUGCUGUAGCCUUUUAAGUAAUUUGGCUGACAAUGGAAAAUUGACAGAUGAUCUCUUUCAAAAUUUAUCGGCAGCUGUCCCAAUUGUUGUUUCAUUAUUAAAGACAUGUUGUCAGAAGUGUGAAGAUGAAGCAUUAGAUAAAACUAGGUUGUCUUUUAUGCUGCAUGUUGUAAUGAUGGUGUCAUGCUAUGUAAGUGAACAGAUUUUGAGAAAAAGAAUGAGUAGUGAGGACUGGAAAGGUUUGAAAUUACUUCUUCCUUCAUUAGUGGAAAUAAAGAACACUGUAACUGAUGAAGCAGUUUUAAUGUUUGUGGAACAACUUAGGAACACUGUUAUUACUCAUGGUGCUAUCACACAUACAUCAAACAAAAGUGAUCAAGCUGCUACAAUAAAGGAUCCACAUUCAUCAAAUCAAACUAGUUCUAAAAGUGCUCAUGGAAAAGGAAGUAAUCCUGUGAAUAUGGUGAAAACUGGAAGUGAGUCAUUGCACAAGAGGUCAAGCUACAGUGAAGCAAUGGAAGAUGUUGUUAGCCCUAUAUUACCCACAAGAGGUCAUGGUCUCUUAAUCUUGAGCAAGCUCAUAGAAGAAAGAGAUGAUGAAACUCUUUUGCACAAAGAACAGCUGUUAGCUUUAUUUCAACAUAGUUUGAAAGAAGAGGACUCUUACAUUUAUCUCAUGGCAGUUCAAGGCUUAGCUGUGCUGUGUGAUGCUUUUCCAGAGAAGGUUAUAGAUAUAUUGACCCGAGAAUUUGCUGUUGGGAAUCGUACCCCUGAAGAUCGGGCAAAAUUAGCUGAAGCUUUAGUUCGGGCCAGUAGACGCUUGGGUCCCAUUCUUCCUCAUCACAAAUCCCAUUUCAUCAAUUGCCUCCUGUCAGGUUUGAUACUUAUUUAA